AUGAGGUUGUCAUUGUCGAUUGCUACGGUUCUUCCGCUAGCCCAGGCCCUAAUCUACCCCCAACACUACCCGCCCGCCGAUAGCCCCAUAACAAAUCUAGAUAAGGUAUUCAGUCCAGCUCACGGCACCAAUGGUGGUAUCUACAGCUUGGAACAAGAAAAUGAUAACUAUGGUGCUUAUAAUUUCUGCAACAUGCCUCAUGUGAGGAAAUCUGAGUAUAAGGUGCCUGAUGGGUACAAGCUAGAGUAUGUGGAGGUGAUCCAUCGUCACCAUAAACGGACCCCAUAUGCUUCCAAUGUGUUUCCCAAGGAAGACAUUCCCCUACUGUGUGAUGGUGUAAUAGACUUUUACUAUGGGCAAGUCAAAUCAGAAAACUCCAGUGCUCUUGUAGGCUGGAACUUUUAUGUUGAUCCACAGAACCCGUUUGCAGCCCAGUAUGGAUUCAACGGGUCUUGUCAAUUUCCACAGCUUAGUCAGGGCGGCCUCGAGGACUCAUUUCAGCACGGAAAAGAUCUCUAUGAGAACUAUCACAGCAACCUUGGCUUCUUGCCUGAGAGCUACGAUUCAGAAAAAGUCAAGUUUUUUGCAACAAACAACGUCAUCACUUCACAGGUUGCUGGCGCUCUCAUUAGCGGAAUGUUCAGAGAUCUUGAUGGCAACAACGUUGAAGUUUCUGUCCAACGUGCAGCCUCCGAUUACCUUGAGCCCAAGUAUUCGUGCUCUGGUGCUGACCAAGUCAAAAAGUACAUCUUAGCCUCAGACCCUUGGGAAGAGCACCUUCGACGUUCCAAAGGGCUCUUCAGCGAGCUAGACGCAAUUUCAGGGGUCAAUCCAGAUGACAGGGGCUGGCAUGUUUCUUGGGACCACUAUUUUGACAACUUGGCUCACAGGAAAUGUCAUGGUCUUCCCUUACCUUGCAAAAUUGGUGAGCCAGAAAACUGCAUUUCUGAGGAGCAGGCAGAGCAAGUUUUUCGCUUGGGGGAUUACGAAUACAGCUUCCAGCACCGCCUUGCCUCACAACUGACUUACUAUCUGGUAGCCAGGUAUGGUGUAUUUCUCCAAAAGCUUCAGCAACACUUGCAAGAAGCUAUGGCACACUCAUCAAAGGUUAUUUACCGCCACAACGUUGCUCAUGAUGGGUCUGUGGCCCCAUUGUUGGGAACACUACAAAUUGAAGAGCUACGUUGGCCAGGAAUGGGGGCUGAGGUAGUCUUUGAGCUCUGGAGUAGAGGAAAUGAUCACUUCAUAAGGGCUCUUUACGGUGGGCAGGCACUUAAAACACUGACAGAGCUCGGUGUGUUGGAUAUGGUGCCAGUGGAGAAGUUUUUUGAUUACUUGGAUCUGUUUUUGAAAGACAAUAAUGUUUAUGAGUUAUGCCAAUGA